UUGGUGUUGGAAGUGAACCCUAUUGCGAUCGUUAAAGAUCUUGUGUGAAUUUUGUACAAAAUCUGGCUUUCUACAUCCAUCAAAAUGUUACUGAUGGCACAGCAUACAUUGUGCCUUCGUCACAGCAAUAAAUUUAGAAGAUUAUUGGAUUUACAUCGUGAUAAAGUAACCAAAUCGCCAUCUUUAGCGGGACUCGGUCAAACUCCCAAAUCGUUCUACACAUCCACAUCACAGAGGAAGUCAAACAGUCAAUCAGAUGGAGACAUGAAUUUGUCAGACUAUCCGGUAGAGAACAUUCGAAACUUCAGUAUCAUCGCACACGUUGACCAUGGCAAAAGCACACUGGCCGACAGGCUUUUGGAGCUAACAGGGACCAUAUCCAAGACUUCAGAUAACAAACAAGUGCUGGACAAGCUUCAAGUGGAAAAGGAACGAGGCAUCACAGUCAAAGCUCAAACAGCCUCCAUGUUCUACACCUACAAGGGACAGAAGUAUCUACUCAAUCUAAUAGACACUCCGGGCCAUGUCGACUUCAACUAUGAGGUAUCCCGAUCUUUAAAAGCCUGUCAGGGGGUUCUACUCCUAGUUGAUGCAAACCAAGGGGUUCAAGCACAGACAGUGGCAAACUUCUACCUAGCAUUUGAGUCAGACCUCACCAUUAUCCCAGUUUUAAAUAAGAUUGACUUGAAGUUUGCCGAUCCAGAGUCAGCAGCCAAUCAGAUUAAGACGCUUUUUGAUAUCAGCCAAGAGGACAUCUUGUCGAUUUCAGCAAAGCUUGGAACGGGAGUUGAUGAAAUAUUACCAGCGGUCAUAGACAGAAUACCACCACCACAGAGCGACCCGAACCUACCACUCAAAGCACUGAUCUUUGAUUCUUGGUACAACCAAUACAGAGGAGCCAUUACAAGUAUAGCAGUCAUUGACGGCAAACUGACCAAGGGAGAUAAAAUCACAGCAGCUCACUCUAACAAGUCGUAUGAUGUACAUGACUUAGGUAUCAUGCAUCCUGAACAGGUCUCCUGCACUCAACUACUCGCAGGCCAGGUUGGGUUCAUGAUUGCUGGUAUGCAUAACAUCAAAGAAGCUCGGAUUGGCGACACCAUUUACCACCAGAACAAAGCCGUCGAACCUCUGCCUGGAUUUAAAGCCGCCAGACCCAUGGUGUUUGCAGGGCUGUUUCCCAUCGACCAGUCUGAAUACCUCGGUCUGAGAUCAGCAAUCGAUAGACUGACAUUGAAUGACAGUAGUGUGUCAGUCAAUCAGGACAGCAGCCCAGCGUUGGGCCAGGGUUGGCGCCUUGGCUUUCUUGGUCUUCUCCACAUGGAUGUAUUCAACCAGAGACUAGAGCAGGAAUUCAAUGCAAACGUCAUCGUCACCGUGCCUAGCGUACCCUACAAGGCACGCUUGAAGGAUACUAAAGCAAACAGGCAGCUGUACGGGAGCAAUGAGGAGAUAACUGUUUACAACCCGUCACUGUUCCCAGAUUCACAGCAAGUCACAGAGUACAUGGAGCCAUUAGUUCUAGGGACCAUUAUCACACCAGAUGAAUACAUCAGCAAAGUCUUCACACUAUGCUUGAACAAGAGAGGAGAGCAAGUGGAGUACGUGUACAUUGACAGCAGACGAGUACUUCUCAAGUAUAGACUACCCUUGAACGAGGUCGUAGUGGAUUUCUUUGACCAACUCAAAUCUAUCUCUUCUGGGUAUGCAAGUUUUGAUUAUGAAGAUUGUGGCUACCAGACGGCAGAUCUGAUCAAGCUAAGCAUCCUCCUGAAUGGCAGAGAGGUAGAGGAGCUAGCCAGUAUCGUCCAUCGAGACAACGCCAGACUAGCUGGGAAAGCCAUCUGUUCUAAACUCAGCAAUACGAUACCAAGACAGAUGUAUGAAGUAGCAAUACAGGCUGCUGUAGGAAGCAAGAUCAUGGCAAGGGAGAAUAUCAAAGCGUUGAAAAAGAACGUCUUAGCAAAAUGUUAUGGAGGAGACAUCACAAGAAAGAUGAAACUAUUGAGGAGGCAGUCAGAAGGCAAGAAGAGGAUGAAGAUGUUUGGCAAUGUGGAGGUGCCUAAAGAAGCGUUUCUGUCAGUUCUCAAGAGGUGACGACAAGGAAUCAUCACUAACGAUGUGUGAACAAUCUCCAUCUCUCACCCACAAGAAUAAACCAUGGAAACAGAAUGAGGGACUCGAAAUAAAGACAUUAAACCAUUUUUAUCAUUUCAUGAAACAUCCUUACAAAGAAAAACAAUAACAUGCAUUAAUAGCGCGCUCUUACACAGAGUCCUUGAGCGCUUUACAAGAGACAAAUAAUCAAAUAAAUAAGAGUACUUAUAAUGGGAGAACAGUUUGUCUUAAGCAAUCAACUAUUGCACAGGAAACAUUUGAGAAAUGAACGAAAAAAUUUCAUGGAAGUCUUUUUUUGUCUCAGUGAGACAAACAGAUAUUUUAGCAUGUUGUAUGUACAACGAAUUUAAGUGACUCUUUCUGAAAACAUAGCUCUGUGAUUUUCAUGUUUUUUUUUUUUUUUUAACUAAAAACUUGAUAACUAAUGAAACUGAAAUUCCUACAUGAAAAUGAUAUGACAUACAUCUUCACUCACAGUGAGUAGGGAUUCAUGGCUUGGCCAAAAACUUGAUCAUACAAAAAGGUAUCAAAACCUGUGAACAGCGGAUGCCAAGUCGCACACCAUAUUUAGACCAACCCUGAAUACAUGUGAAUUUGACUGACAAUUUAUAUUCUUUAAAAACUUUUAUUCUAAAUCUGAGGUCUCAAAAUCAAAUUCGUGGAAAACAACUUCU